AUGGAACAUCAGCUUUUUCACCAGCCAUCAACCACGCCCGUGAUUGUAUGUAAGCUAUGUGAAUAUGGUGUUCGACCAAAAGAGGUUUCUCGCCACCUCCAAUCUGCUAAUCAUCGGAUGCCGAAGCCGAAAGCGCGCCAAAUUGCCGAGGCAGUUCAACAAUGGGAGCGUACGGCAGAAUGUGAUGAAUGGCAGCCACCCUUAGUGGUGAAUCAGCCCGUUGCUAAUUUGCCUGUUUAUUCAGAUGGCAUUUUAUGCGAGCAAGGCCCGAUGUGCCAGUUCGUUGCCCGGUCAAUUAGCACUAUGCGUGUUCACUGGCGUGAUCAUCAUAGCUGGGUAGCUCCUACAAACCGGGGCGGUCGUCGGCGGCAGCAUACUUCAUCAGCUGCGGAGCAACAAAUCCAACAAUUCACUCGAAUCGUCCGAUGCCAACGUGCGUUUAAUCACGGGCUAGGGUCCCAUUACAUCCGCGUUCAAACCCUCGGAGCCGAGGCCAUUCCCGAGGCCGAUUCGCUAGCAAUAUCUGAUCAUAAUAGUCAGGUGAUUGAUCAGAUGGAAAGAGCAUAUGCCGAAAGAGAAGAGCUCCCCCAGGUGAUCGUGGCCAGCCAGCGAGACGAGACGAAUCCAUGGCUUCGGAGGACCCAGUGGGCCGUCUAUCUCCAGGGGAUCAACCCGCACGACCUAGUGGACUGUGUCCGAGCCCCCGAUCCCGAAGCGCCCGAUCAGACCGAGCAGGCCGCCUAUACAAUUUGGAAUUCAAUGGCCACUGUAGCUCGCAUCAGCCAGUUGAUCUGCACCAAAACGAGCCACACCAUUCGGUGCGAGGCUGUUCGGACUGAGCGGGAUCGCCUGCCACAUCAACCACUACAAGCAUAUAUGGAUGGUGAUAAUGUUAAGCGACACACGAUCCCGUGGCAGCAGAUUCUCAUGUUUUUCACGCGCACGCAGGCCCCACAUGAUUGGGCUAGCCCCCACUACAGGUUUUCCAAACGCCAGCGAGCGACAUGGGCCACAUUAUGGAGACUAGCCCAGGCAGAGCUUAGUGCCUCACCCAUCGUAGGCCAGGGCAGAGCAGGCCAUUCCAACGCCGGCCAGGGCAGGGCAGGCCAUUCCAACACAGGCCUUUCCAACACAGGCCAUCCCAACACAGGCCAGGGCAGGGCAGGCCUUUCCAACACAGGCCAGGGCAUGGCAGGCCAUUCCAACGCCGGCCAGGGCAGUGAAGAUCUAGACCAGGGCAGUGAAGACCUGAGCAGUUCGGACCAAAGCAGUGUGCAAUCGGGAAGUGAUUCCGAGGAACAACAGGACCAAGUCACUAGCGAAUCACCCUUUCAGCUCACACCCCUCGACUCCGCCUGUCUGGAUUUUUGCAUUGAGCUAUUGAACCACCGAACUAAGGUCGAGGACUAUGAGAGCGCGCUCAUCUGCGCUAGCGCGGUGCUUGGACGUGGAGAGGCAGGCUGGGGCACUGCCCAGAGCUAUCCCCCAAUCUUGUCAAAAGUGAUUAAGAUUGCCCGGUUUAUGGUGGUCCACAAAGCAUUAAAGCUAGACCCAACGGCCGAGAAGAUGAUCCACCAACUAGCUACGCAUCAGAUGGCUGGCGAAUGGGAUACGGAAAGUCCGUUAGAUUCACCUGAUUUCACAUUUUUAACGCAAACAACGGACGAUUCGUUUUACAACUUUGAUAGUGGCCUAGAUCAGGGCACACCUCCGUCAUCGCACUUUAUUCAGUUCAGCCAGGGCCACACACAGGGCCACACACAGGGCCACAGCCAACGAUCAUUCCGGGAGUGGGUGACCGAGAUGGUCAGCCAGUUUAUGGUCCGCGGCACUAACAGUCCAAUGCAGUGGCUGUUAGAUCUCCGCACCUACGGCUUGAAGAUCUAUUUGAACAGCACCGCCACAGGCCAUGUUGGCUGGAUGAACCAGGACCAGCUGUUAUAUCAACAGUACAGUUUCACUAUGGGUGACUUCCGCGGCUUUACCCACGGCCUCGUAAGCUCCACACUCCAGAUACUACACGAAGAGCUCCUGUUUAGUCAGGCUAGCUCAGUUCCCACGAUCCCGUGGCAGGCUAUCUAUGAUGAUCCCACCGAGACCGCGCACGGGUGGAGCUUUCUAAAAGACACUCGCACGGUAUGGCCUGUGGCCGGUAGCGAAUGGAUGGUGAAUCGGGUCCGAAACGAGAGACCACUCCAGCAUCGUUUCAUCGAGUCUAGUGCCGGCCGGCUCCGAAUGUCGAAUGUGCACAGUUAUCUCCAACGGGUAGCCCAUUUCCGCGAGAAGCUAGCCAUUGCUGUCCACGUCAGCGGAGGCCAGCCUGCACGGGCACCAGAGCUGUUAAGCAUUCGGCACUACAAUACUGACAGCGGAGGCCACCGGAAUGUCUUUGUCGAAGAUGGUCUGGUAGCGUUUGUUACGCAGUACCACAAAGGGUUUUAUAGUACGAACGACGUGAAGGUUAUUCAUCGGUAUCUACCCCGGGAAGUCGGUGAGCUAGUGGUUUGGUAUCUAUGGCUAGUGCUGCCGUUUGUGGAGAGAUUGGAGGCGUACACACAGAAGGUGCGCGGGGAGGCAUCUGAUGCUGAGACGACCGGCCCCCGUCGACAGGCAUAUCUAUGGUCCCCUGACCCUGGCACCGGCCGACAGUGGUCUUCAGAGAGACUCAGAGAAGUUCUAAAGCGAGAAACCACCAUUGGUUUGAACGGGCACGCCAUCAAUCUCCAUGCAUACCGAGACAUCGCUAUUGGGAUCAGCCGACGAUUCAUGCGGCCAUCGAGCAUAUUCCCCAAUAAUGCCCAACAGGACAGCCGGGCCGAGGCAUCCCAAGAAGAUGACGAAGAUGGGAUCAAUGCCGAGCAAUGGAUGGGCCAUAUUGCCGAUCUCCAAGCAGCCCAUUCAUCCCAUGUGGCCGGGAUGAUCUAUGGCCGCGGGAUCACCGAGCAGCCCGGUACAACGGCCCACCGGCGAGAGAUGUUUCGGCUCAGCAGCACCGAUUGGCACCGCUUUCUAGGCUUUGUGUCCGCUGAUGACGGAGGGGCCGAGAGCGCAUUAGGGCUCGCGCAGCCUUCGCCAUGGCAAAAGGAAGCUGAGAUGAGCCGUACGGAGCGCCGGUGGCAGCUAGCCCAGGCCGCCAUCGAGCCUGAGAUGCAACGGAUGAUGGGUAACACCGGGCUACGGCUUCGAGGUGUGCAGGCACCGGCAUUAGCUGCCAUUCAACAGGGCCAGAGCCCAGUGGUGGCUGUGAUGCCCACCGGGGGCGGCAAGAGCCUGCUAUUCAUGCUACCCGCGUGGAUCAGCCCCCGAGGGGUAACGGUGGUCGUCGUGCCGUUAAUUGCACUACGGGGGAUCUGGUCCACCGUUGCCGGCAGCUCGGCAUCGCAUGUGUGGAAUGGGAGAGCCGGCGGCCGGCCGAUCAGGCAUCCAUUGUACUGGUCACGCCCGAAUCGGCUAUUACGGAGGACUUUAUGA